AUGGCAGAGCUGGGAGCUGAGAACGGAAAGCCAGGGACCAGUCAGCGAACAGGCACCUCAUUGGCUUGGCUCAGGGUUGAUCGGCGAGAUCGGCAAAAGGGGGUUUUUGUGGGCGCCAAGGUGCUCGGCCGGCCGAUUUACUUUUUGGAGACUACGACCUCUGUCGAUCUGGCCGGCUCUGUCGGACAAAGCUCCAAGCAUCAAGGAAAGUCAAAGGGCAAAGUCAGCAGUAGUCAGCAGUCAGCACCAAUGCGUUUCGGGGCACCACCUCUUGUCGUGGUCCGCCAAUAUGUGCUUAGCUCCGUCUUGGAUGAGGCCAUCACAAGCUAA